AUGAGUCGAUAUCAGGAUACAGUGAUCGACGACGAUGAUGAAUCGUGUCCGCUGUGUAUAGAAGAGUUCGAUCUGUCCGACAAGAAUUUCAAGCCCUGUCCGUGUGGCUACCAGAUCUGCCAAUUCUGUUUCAACAGUCUGAAGAAUACCUACGAGAAGUCCACCUGUCCGAAUUGUCGCCGACCCUACGAUAAUUCUACGAUAAAGUAUAAGGUACCGACCGCAGAGGAAUUGAAACUUGACCAGCUCAACAAGAACAAGAAAUUGGCUGCUGCGAAGAGGAGGGAGACCGAGAAACGUGAAGUUGAGACCUCCAAUCGUCGCAAUCUGGCUGGUGUACGAGUCAAGCAGCAGAACUUGGUCUACAUCAUUGGCCUUGAACCGAACAAGAAGGAUGAAGCCACGUUGAUGGAAACAUUGCGAACUAUGGAAUUUUUUGGUCAAUACGGUGAAAUCGAGAAGAUCGUCGUCAGCAAACCCAAGCCUGGUGCCAUCAAUCAAGGCGUAGGAGUUUAUGUGACCUUCAAGACAAAACAGGCUGCUGCUGACUGUAUUAAUGCUGUGGAUGGGAGCCAAAACGGUGACAAAACUUUGAGAGCUCAGUACGGUACUACCAAGUACUGCUCGACCUAUUUGCGAGGCGACGUGUGCCAAAACAAAAACUGCUCUUUCUUACACGAGACUGGUGAGGACGGUCACCAAACAUCCUUGCAGAACGAGCCUAUCGAGUCCAAGACGAAACCUAUCCCUGUGCGCUCUCAGCCAACUCCACAACCUCACGCUACAUCUCAAGCUAUGGCUCAUGAAGGAAGCAGAGAAGGUGCUACAAGCAGGCAGAGCAGCCAUGAUGCUUCGGCCCUGCCAUCAACCGUUGCCUGGGCAAACGCACCUGUUGCCAAGGCCCGUAGAGCUAGCCUGGCCGCCUCGACAUCGACUGCAAGCCCUCAACUGACUCAGGCCUUGAUCGUGAACAAGAAAGCUGAGCCUGCCAAGCAGCCGGAUCCACCUCCACAACCUAUUCCAUCUAUCACCACAGCCACAAGCUUGCAACUUUCGCAAACACCCUCACCUGUAUCAGCUACCAAGCAUCAGACUCCUCCAUCCGACCCUCUCAACGACAUUCUUCAGCAUUUAAAAGCGGCCAUCAGUAACGAUGCAUGUGCCUUCCACUUCGAUGAUUCAUCCUUGUCUGAGGAGGUCCGAGCUAUGGUUGCUGCUCUGCCGCCACUGAUUGACCCCUAUGGCGGCGCUAAGCGACGUGUGAUGCAAGAUAAGCGCAUCGCAGCACGAGCCAAAGAGGAGGCUGAGGAGAAACAACGCCUCGAGGAACAAGCCAAAUCUGCUGCAGAAGAUGCUAUGGACGAGGAUAUCACUGCAACUGGCAGUCUUGCUCUUGGUGGCGAACCAGAAGAUAUGCCCAGAAGUGCUUCAGCACGAGGCACGAUCGGACGACCAUCCCAGCCAACCCCCUCGAACAUGUCCGUGGAUCAGCUUUCGAGUCUCAGCCUCGGUCGAAGUAUGACUCCACAGCAACGACAACAGUUCGCCAUGAUGAGUGCUGGUGGUCGCCUGCCUCAGCCCGCAACACAGAACACCGCUUUUGAACUAUCCGACUUCGAUCGCCGAGCUCCUCAACAAUUUAGCCAAGCACAAUACGAUCAAAUGAGCAGUCAUGCACGUCAUGGGUCUCGCUAUUUCAAUAACGAUGCCAAGGCUAAUAGUGGACGUUUCUCAGCUUCGCAACAGCAACAACAAAGCCUCUUUUCGAGCGGUAUACAAGGACCUCCUCCAGGCUUACCUACCGCCGGCACCCCGUCUGUCAGUGGAGGAGGAAUGUUUGCGCACGGGCAAGGAUUUACCAGCGGCUUUAGUACUUCAAAAGAUUCAGAAAACACGCGCGUUCGAAGUGGUACUAAUACUGGACACGAUGUCAAACGUGAGUUACUCCUUUCCUUGCAAAACACCAAUAACCCCUUGCGUUCACCUCUUACCCAAGCCUCUGCUCCUGGUGCCUUGAAUGGCAUGUAUGGUCAGUUCCUAGGGUCGUAUCAAGAUCCAAACCUUGUCAAGCAAAAACGGAAGGGUGGAAAAAAGCAAAGACACGCUAACACUUCCUCUUCAGGAGGCGGUGUCGAGCAUCUUGCUGCUGAUCCCAGCAUUCUCUCAGCCAGAGUCCACCAAGGCACAACAGGUCAGGGGCUUUUCGGAGGCAACCAAGAUGCAACCAACGAUGUCAAUUCAGCCAAAUUCACUGAACCACAAUCAGCAAUUCACUCUCGAGUCUCAUCAUUCCAUAGCCUCUUCGGACCACGAACAAGUACUCCCAAGGUACCCCCAGGCCUUGAACGAAUUCCAAGCUCUAUCUCUCGAAGUGCCACGCCUCAAGUACCACCUGGUUUCGAAAACUUGCAUGCACAUCCCAGCCGUACCGAUGAUGUGAAAGUCAAAGCUUCUCCUAAAAAGGAUGUGGCAGUGAUGGGAGUCAUGCCUGUGGUACCAGCUGUUCCGUCUUUGCCACGAUCCAGAAAGUCGAGUCUGCGCGUAGAUCAAAGGACGGAGGUAAAAAGAACCUUGGAUGCUAUUGCCGAGCCAACGAAGCAACAAGAGCCUAUCAUGAACGAGACGAAUAAUGAGGAUGUCGUGUCGGAGGAAGCUCAUGUCAGUGUUCCCGCAACUGAAGCUACCGACGAGGAGGUAGAAGAGCCUACACCUAUGCCCUCCUUCCAGGCUGAAAAAGAAGAAGUCAUCGAGGAGGAAGCUACACCGACGCCUAUCGUGGAGAUCAAACCGCUCGAGAAGAUAGAUCCUCAAAGUGAGGUUGCCCAGAAAAAGUCCGCCCAAGAUGACUCGAAGCAACAAGCAAAGACCGAGUCUACAGAGCCUGCAAAGCCUAUAGAGCCUCAAGACAUCACAGGCAAUACGCGAGAGCCGAAGGCGGCACCUGUGCUCGAAAGCAAUGAUAUCGUGGAAACUCCUACUGUCCUCAGCCGACCAAGCACUCCACCUCCACAGAAGCAGGCCGAUACGAAGCGACCGACCUUACGCACACUCAACAUCACGACAGAGAUGAUCGCACGCAGUGCAUCACAGUCUCAAGCACCUGCCUCAGCUAUGACUGAACGUUCAUUGGCUUUUCCAACUCUUUCGCAGAUCAGGCAGAGUUCUCGACAAGCAUCAAUCUCUGUUUCCACAAACUUCAGCCGACCCUCCACGCCUGCGAUUUCCGAGCAACUGAUGUCACACGAUGUUUCACGAGCUGGAACACCACCUCCUGGCGGUAGUGUCGUAGGCUCUGCACCCACACGGCAGAAGACAAAGAAUCAGCUCAAAAAAGAACGAAAAGAGAAGGCCAGAAAGACGACCGAAAUGUCAGAGACUGGUAGUAUCAAUGCAGCACCUACUCCGCCCGCUGCAGAAGAGGUCGGACCGAUUGUUGCUAGACAGAAGAAGCAGAAGAAGCAGAAGAGUGCGAGCGUUGCGGAAACAGUCCCAGUCAAGGUGGCAAUACCAGAGCCUUCAGUCGACAAGGCUACUACAGAGGAAAGCAAACCUAUCGAGGUAGUCAAUACCCCGAAAAAGAAGAAAAACGAGAAGAAGACAGCGAAGAAAGAGUCGGUAGAGCCGGUACAACCAUCACCGAAGACAUCGACACCACCUCCACCCUCGCCACGUGUGGAACGAAUGCCUGAACCAGAACCGGAGCUGGAACCCGAACCACCUCAUUCCUAUACACUUCGAGAUUUCUACAAUGAUGCUGGCAGAAUUGAGGACAAGUAUGAAGGGGAUGAAUCUGAUGCUGCCGAUGCAGAAAGACAUAAGGAGAUACAGGAUUUACUCACAAGCAGUAUCUCGCCAUUGCAGAAGCUUUUAUCUGAAAUGAUUACUUCUGGUGAUUUGGCCAAGGAUCAUGCCUUCUUUGCUUCACCUCCAUUCACGAGCGCUGCCUACAAACUGCCGUCUGACAACCGAAAAGGCCAAGCAUAUUUGGACGGCAAUGGAUACAGUCCUUCAGAUGUCUUUGGUAUGGUAUACCUGCCGAAUAAGGAAAAGCGGGCACUAUACAAUGGACAUGCUGUAUCUGUGGCUGACAGCGGAGAUCGUAAGGACGAUCUCUUGCGAAGAUGUCUCAUCACACCUAACGGCGCUGUCCUGCGACAUUUGAGCCGAGAAGAAGGCGAGAAAGUGCUCGACUUGGAAGAGCGUCGGUCACUAUACGUCGAAGAAUAUGGCGAUCUGGGACGCAUGGACGGUCUCGAUAGACUUGAACCUGAAGACUUUAUCAAUCUGGAAGGUGGUUUUGACGAGCUCAGUCGUUUUGGAGACCGUCAUGGAGUAUGCUGGGUCGUCAAUGAUGCUGAACGAGCCAAUGCAGCAAGACGAACAGGGUAUGGAGUACGCACGAGCGAUGGGAAUGGUCUUGAAGAUGACUAUGGCCUUGGUGAGAUGCCUGUCGAUGCCCACGAGUUUGAUGAUCAGUUCGAUGAUCCAGAAGACGACGAUGACGAUGACGACGAUGACGACGAAGAACUCGAGGGUGAAGAGAUGGUUCUUGAGGCUGACGGUGCUGACGAGGUCGAGUACAUUACUGACGACGAUUUGGUCUUCGAUAAUGUGCGUGGCAGCUUCCAGAACCUACCUCCUCUACCAGACGUCAUGAACAUUAGCAUGCCUGGUUCCUGGGAUCCGGCUUUCAACACGGCCACGUACCCUGUCCGUGUCACGCCACACCAAGCAGCACAACAUCACAGCAUGUACAGCUCUCUCGGACCCGCAUACACGACAGAUAUUGACCUUCCUCCACCACCUCCUCCACCUACCAACGCAGUCCAAGCUGCUCGAAAUCCGAAUACUUUGCCACCUAUAAGACACCCAUAUACACAAGGCAGUAGGGAUAGCUCCAUCAACCUAAGAGCUAUGACGGCCGAGCAAUUAGACAAAAGAGCGAGAGAAAAGGCGAGAGAGAUCGAAGCAAGCAGAAAGGAGAUGGAGAAGGCAGAGAAGAUGUUGAACAAGAAGAGUAAGGAUGCUGGCAAAUGGCGUGACGGAGUCUUCAAACUGGUCAGCGCCUAG